AUGUUUUGCAUUCCAGAUUCUGAAGUGCUGAUUCGUAAGAUUCUUUCCAAGCCUUUCAAAGUUCCCAUUCCGAACUAUCAGGGGUGUACGUAUGCAAGGGGGCUUGGCAUCAAAAGAAAAGGACCUCGCAGGGCUCUGCAUGACCCUUUUGAAGAAGAUGCUUUGGUUCUAUACUCUCCAGCUGAACUUACAGCUCAUGAGAAGCUUGCAGCUGAUCUAGAGAAUCAAGAAGUUCAUGUUGUUGUUGAUCCACUCCUUGGUAAAAUUCUCCGUCCUCAUCAGAGAGAGGGUGUAAAGUUUUUGUAUGAUUGUGUGACUGGACAAAGGAUUCAAGGAAGCCAUGGAUGUAUCAUGGCAGAUGAAAUGGGAUUAGGGAAAACGUUACAAUGUAUCACAUUGAUUUGGACUUUAGUGGUGAACAUGCCAUCAAGCCAACCAAUAGCUAACAAGAUUAUUAUUGUUGCUCCAUCAAGUCUUGUCAAGAACUGGUACAAUGAACUUCAUAAAUGGCUUGCAGGGAGAAUUUCUGCUUUGGCCAUUGACUCUGGGACAAAGGAUGAAAUUGACAAAAAGCUUGGAAUGUUUAUGUCGCAGCAAGCAAAACGCACAGCUUAUCCAGUGUUGAUAAUUUCGUAUGAGACUUUCAGACUUCAUGCCUCUGUGUUACAUUCUGGACCAGUGGGAUUAGUCAUCUGUGAUGAGGGACAUAGAUUGAAGAAUCUGGAAAGCCAGACAUACCAGGCUCUGGAUAAAUUAAAGACAACGCGAAGGGUACUCUUAUCAGGUACACCAAUUCAAAAUGACUUAUUAGAAUAUUUCAGUCUGGUACAUUUUGUCAAUGGUGGAAUUUUAGGCACGGUAUCUGAGUUCAAGAAAAAGUUUGAGAAUCCCAUUUUAAGAGGGAGAGAUGCUGAUGCAUCAGAUGCAGACCACAAGAAAGGAGCAGAAAAAUUAGCUGAGCUUGCAUCCUUGGUAAACAAAUGCAUCAUUAGAAGAACUGCUUCAAUAUUGUCCAAAUAUUUGCCAGUGAAAGUGGAACAGGUUGUAUGCUGUCGUAUGACCCCUCUCCAGUCAGAACUCUACAAACAUCUUAUUCAGUCAAAAGUGUUAAGAAUGGAACUGAUGAAAUCUAAGACUGGAUCAGGAAUGUCUGCAUCUUCACUGGCUUUCAUCACUCAACUAAAAAAACUCACUAAUCAUCCUGAAUUGAUAUACGACAAGGCACAGACAGGGGAAGAAGGUUUUGAAGGAGUACUGGAUUUGUUUCCACCGAGUUUUAGCCUGAAACACCUGCAACCAGAACUCUCUGGGAAAAUGCAAGUGUUGGAUUACAUUUUAGCAAUGACAAAAUCUACCACAACAGACAAGGUUGUUCUGGUAUCUAAUUACACUCAGACUUUGGACUUGUUUGAGAAGCUCUGUAGACUUAGACGGUAAGUUGUCUUUUCCUAGGAAGGAUCCCAAAAGAUGCCCUCAUCCCAAAAAUUAUCUCAACAUUUUAUCUCUCCGUAGGGUGGGGACUUUGUUUUCAUGCUCAGUAGCAAGGCUGGUGGGUGCGGCUUGAAUCUGAUUGGUGCAAACAGACUUGUUAUGUUUGAUCCCGACUGGAAUCCUGCUAAUGAUGACCAGGCAAUGGCUCGUGUGUGGAGAGAUGGACAGAAGAAAAAGGUCUUCAUUUACAGACUGCUGUCGACUGGUACUAUUGAGGAAAAGAUCUUUCAACGUCAGGCCCACAAAAAAGCUCUAAGCAGCUGCGUGGUAGACAAAGAGGAAGAUGUAGAAAGGCACUUCUCAGUUGGAGAAUUGAAAGACUUGUUCCGUUUGAAUGAGGACACUCUUAGUGAUACUCAUGACAAAUUCAAGUGUCGUCGAUGUGUGAACAACAUUCAGGUUCACCUUCCCCCUGAAGGUACAGACUGCAGUGCAAAUCUGUCACAGUGGAAUCACUGUGCAGAUCGGAAGGGACUGGAAGACAUAAUGUUAAAGGGAGCUUGGUCAAGUGGUGUCACAUUUGUUUUUCACCAAAAAUCACAUGACAAACAGUUGGGCCUUUGAUAAAAUGUAAAAACAUGCCUUUAUUUACAACAUAUGGUUUGUCUCAGAAACAGACAAUUUGAGUUUCAAAAUUAAUUCCUGUACAGGCUGUAUACUGUAGGUCUAUUGUAACCUAUUAACCAUGGCACACAUGAUGUAUGACUCAAAGUCAUGGUUCUUUAAUAGCUGUUAUUUUAAAAGGAAAUAUUUUAAUUUGCAACUGUUUGGGAAUGUUUUCAUGCAGUGCUUGAUGCAUGAAACCUCGAGGUGAGAACUCACUGGUUUCUUAUGACAAUAAUUUUAAUAUCCUGAUAU